UGUUUACACAGAGACACGGGUUUCUGGUGCUGUCGUCCCUUCAGCGUCCUCGGUAUAUCUUUGGUCACACAAGAGAGGCACAAAGCGGUGAUAAAGUUAGCAGUUCUGGGUUAAGAAGGACUUACUCUUCAUCAAGGCGAAGCAUACCUGUGCAUGUAUCUGUACGGUGUGAUCUCUACCAGUUCCACAGGUUGAAGUUUUCUCACCCUCUGAUAUCACAAGGCCCUCUGGUACAGAUCACAGAGAUGAAAGAGAUUCAACAAUUUUGUAAUUAAGAGACUUCUAACGACCCCAGCGAGGAGAUUCUUCACUAAAUAUUCACAGCCUUAAUUGUCCCUUGUCUGCCUGGAGUUAACGUCAUCGCUCAGUGGGCAGUGUGGAGGGGGUUCGCAGCGGGUGUUGAUUGUUAUAUAUAAUACGCAUACAUACAGGUAUCUCAGAUAAAAGAAUGCAGGAACUGGCCUUGACCCGUGUUGGCUAUUAAGCGUUUGACCGCAAUGUGUCCACUGCCAUUCUAGUUCUUACAUUGCGGAGAUUGAAAAAUUGUAGUCUAUAUUAAGUCAUCAUCAAGCACUUCGCGGUCUUAACCAAGAGACAGCAAAUGGCUAACGUCGUACAGAGUCUCUUCCAGUAUUUUUCAACUGCCGGCCUGCCAACAGUUUUGAUAUUCGUGGUAGUGCUGUUGUUAAGUCUGUGGAUGCUGUCGUCGAGGAAUCCUCGGGUGAACUGGCCGCCCGGACCUCUCUGUUUCCCCGUGGUGGGAUGUCUCCCACAGAUGAUGAUCAGCGGUAGGAGAAGACAACCUACGGAUCUUCUUCCAUGGUAUGAUACAUACGGAGAUAUCAUGCACGUCAAAUUUGGUGAGCAACACGCGAUAAUGCUGGGAACUUAUGAACUGAUCCAAGAGGCUUUCGUGAAGAAUGCAGCCACAGUCAGUGCUAGACCAACAUGGAUAUAUCGUUUGAGUCGAAUAGUUGGGAAGGACGGGGCUGGCGUUAUAUUUAAAUCCGGGCACGCAUGGAAAGAGCUGAGGAGAUUCACGCUCUCGUCUCUUCGAGAUCUCGGCCUCGGGAGAAAAAGUUUACAAGAAAGAAUUCAGGAUGAAGCUCGAUAUUUGGUACAAAACAUUGAAGAUGAAAAUGGGAAGGCUUUCUGUCCCACUGGAAGGAUUGGGAAAGCUGUCAGCAAUAUUAUCUCUAUCAUUGUGUUUGGAGCCAGAAAUGACUAUAAUGACACCCCAGAAAUGCUGCCAGUUUUGGAGCAAGCCAUAAGGACUGGCCAGGGAAUACUGUCCCUCACUAACUUGUCGCGCAUUUUACCGAUGAAAAAGGUAUUCGCUCUCAUUGACAAGCUAUAUAGUUUGAUACGACAAGAAGUCGAACGUCACCGCCAGUCCUUUGAUCCAGCUGACAUCCGGGACUUCAUUGACCUCUACAUUAAGGUCACACAAGAUGGACAUGAUCCCGAGGUCUACACAGAAUGGAACGUAUUUCGCAUCAUCGUUGAUCUAUAUUUGGCUGGCACCGACACAACAGCGAAUACUUUGAGAUGGUCCCUGGUUCAUAUGGUAAAUCAUCCGGACGUUCAGAAGAGGGUGCAACAGGAAAUUGAUCAGGUCAUAGGUCAAGAUCGCGUUGCCAAGAUGGAGGACAAGGAAAGGAUGUCAUUUACGGAAGCAACCAUCCUGGAGGUCUUUCGUAUGUCACCGGUUGCUCCUUUUGGAGUUCCCCAUGCCACCAGUGAAACUACCAACUUGGCCGGACACACAAUUCCCAAGGGGACCAUGAUACUGGGAGAUUUGUACCGGGUUCUCCACGAUAAGAAUAACUUCGAGGAUCCUUACAAGUUCAAACCAGAAAGAUGGCUGGAUAGCGAUGGGAAAGUGAUCAAGUCGGACAAACUGAUACCGUUUUCUAUGGGACCCCGUAUUUGCCUGGGCAAGGGACUGGCGGAAAUGGAAUCGUUCAUUUUCUUCACCACGUUGCUUCAGAAUUUUACCUUCAAAGUACCAGAAGGCGAGAAACCACCCGAUGGAGUAGAAGGCCUCAACACGUUCACUUUCACGCCAUACCCCUACAACGUGUGCGCUGUUAGACGCUAGAACGGAGAUACACUGUACCUUACUAUGAAUGUACCGGUUACUACUUGUACAUGGACAACAGUAUCUGUAUAAAUACAUCAGAUAAUCCGAGUCUGACACGUGACUGUCAGACUGACGGUAUCUAAACUAAAAUACUUCGUUUAGUCUCGAAAUGGUUUUCGUGCUUUUCCUCUUGGCAAUAACGUUUUUAAUGUAUCGCUGCAAAGAACGUCGUGCAGUUGUUUAAGUAUAUAUUGAUCAAUAGAUUCGUACUUUGAAAACCAUAGAUACGUGCACUGGGGCGGAUGAAGAUCCUUUUCUGCAAUGUGCCUGAAAGGAUUAUUCUUUUAAUGAGGCGGGGAAAGUUUGAUUGCUCCAAGAACUGUACACGUUACAAGUAAUAGUGCUCAUGCCAACUAGUGUACAGAGGUAUACAGUGUAUGUACGUAUGAGUAUCGUAUGUAAAACUGAUUAUACGCUUUUUUCAGCGUAUGAGAAUAAACGUAUAGCUAUAAACAG